CCUCAUAAACAAGGCUCAUGUUACAUGUUGACAUAUUUUUUUGCCUGUUUUUACAAGUAGAUAUUACAAAGUUAUUACCAAAAAACUAUCCAUUGAAGAGCAAGAAAAUAAGGCUAAGAAAACGGCAACGGCCCAGCUACGUCGAAACACCAGUUCCCAGUUCAUCAUUGAUCACCGAAGUUAAGCGACCUUUUAAGAGAUGCCAUACCAUAAAUGUGCUGUUUUAAAUUGCAGAAGAUCAAAAAAAAGAUCAUUUUUUCGUUUGCCCAAACGGAAUAUGAAUUUAUUUGUCUUAUGGAUAAAUUCCACAGGGAAUCCGAAAUAUUUAAGAAUGGCCCCUGAAGAAAUAUAUAAAAAAGCUUUUAUUUGUGAAUGUCAUUUCACAAAAGAACAAUUGGAUGAUAUGAGAAGAAAUAUAAAACUAUGUGUCCCAUCACUUCACUUACCUGAUCCUUUGAAUUACAAUUUAACGGAAAUUACUAAUAAUCCAAAUAUAGACCUACUUGAAAAGACCAAUGAUUCCGUAACUUUGCCAUUCUCUCUAAUGGAACAUAAAUCAAAUUAUAUAGAUUCCACAUAUAAGUCUUCUCCAAAGAUUCAACGGAUAGAAACGAUGCCAGAACCAUCUGUUCAGCAUUAUAUAGAUUAUUUUACAGCAGAAGUUCAGGGUAAAGAACUAACAGGUCCAUCAAUAGACCACAAUGUUGAUGAUAACAUUUCUUCUAUAUCAGGAACCCUUCACACUGGUACUGACUCAUCACUGACAAUCUCAUCACAUGAAAAGGAACCUGCUGAAGAAAACACCAUUGAGUAUUUGGUAAUAUCUGAAUCAGAGAGUGAUACAAAUUGUGAAUUGAGCAAACCUUAUAUAAGUCCAGAUCUCAAUAAACGUAAGGAUAAAGCUCAAAAAGUUAUUCUUGAAACAUUAGCCUCAAUUUCAAGUAUGGAAGAAAUGGAAGUAGUGGAAAGUGUCCUUGGUCAACUUGGUCCUUCUUUAGCAGCUGUUAGGGAGAAAUUAUAUUUACUAUCAUUUUAAAGCAAACAAGCCUUUGUCACUGACAAAAAUAUUGUUCCUCAAAGGAGGUAAAUGGGAAAAAAUCCACCUACCUCAGCUGAUAUCAGCCAGACUACAAUAAUUUAAAAGACUUUUAACUAAAAAAAUAAACCUAAAAAUAAUCAUUAAACUAAUGUUGUAUAGGUUAAUUAAUAAUUUAUAUUUUUAUGCGUUGUUUAUAGGGUUUCUAAUGGCAAUUAAAGAUUUUAGUUUUAAUUCAAAUUUACUUUUCG